AUGUUAGGACUUAAAUCAUUCCAUCGUCCUACCAUUUAUGCAUUAUCCACACCCUUAGCUCGGUCAGCUAUAGGUGUAAUAAGGAUAUCUGGAUCCCAAUCGUCAUACAUAUUCAACCAGCUCACGAAAUCUCACCCCAAACAUAGAAUAACUAGUGUUAGAAAGUUAAUAUCACCUAAAUCAGGUAUAUUAUUGGAUGAAGCAUUAACUAUAUUCUUUAAAGGUCCUCAUUCAUACACUGGAGAAGAUUUGUUGGAAUUGCAUGUACAUGGAGGUGUUGCCAUCAUCAAAAACAUUCUUAAUGAGAUCAAACAGUUACAUAAUCCUGAUGAUGACAUACUUAUACGGUAUGCUGAGAAUGGAGAGUUCUCUCAUCGAUCAUUUUUGAAUGGCAGAUUCGACUUGACAGAGUUGGAAGGUAUAAGAGAAAUGAUAGAUGCUGAAACAGAGACACAAAGAAUCUCUUCGUUGACUUCAAUGACAGGGAAAAGUAAACAGAUCUUUAAUCAAUGGAGACAAGAGUUAUUGCAGAAUAUAGCCUUAUUGACUACAGUGAUAGAUUUCGGUGAAGAUCAUGAUAUAGAGGAGAUAUCCCUGUUAUUCGAGCAAGUCAAUGAUAACCUUAAGAAGUUGCAUACUGAAGUUCAUGGGUUUUUGAAGAGAGUGCAAAAUGCGGAGAUAUUAUUGAAUGGGAUCAAAGUGACCUUACUUGGACCACCCAAUGCUGGGAAGUCGUCGUUAUUGAAUACCAUAGCAAACAAGGAUGCUGCCAUUGUAAGUAGUAUAGCGGGAACCACCAGAGAUGCCAUUGAUAUUCCUUUGGACGUGAAUGGUUAUAAAGUUGUUGUAGGGGAUACAGCAGGGUUGAGAGAUGUGAAUUUAGCAGACGAGAUUGAAGUUGAGGGCAUAAAGAGAGCUAAAGCUAAGUCUGUGGAGAGUGACUUAGUGUUAGUCACACUCCCAACCGAUUAUUCGUUCGAUGAUAAUGAGUUCAUUCAACAUAUAAAACAUUUACAAUCAUUAGAAGGACCUCAGAUCGUAGGGAUUUUGAACAAAGAGGAUCUCGUAACGUCAGAACAUAAGAAUGAGGUCAUCUCCAAGUUCCAAGAUGUUUUUGGUUGCCCGGUAUUCACUAUUUCGUGUAAAACAGGAAGUGGUACUAAUGAACUCAUUGAUGAACUCACACAUAUUUUCCAACGGAUUUCAAACACCGAAAAACUACCACCUAUUCUGAUCAGUGAUAGAGCUAAGGAUAUUUUGAUCAACGACGUCGUUUAUGGAAUAGACCAGUUCGCUCAAUUCAAAGACGAUGAUGACAUAGUUCUAGCUACUGAGAGUUUGCGACAAGCAGUUGAAGGAAUAGGUAAAAUCACAGGUGAAGCUAUAGGAAUUGAAGAAAUUUUAGGAGUGGUGUUUUCAAGUUUCUGUAUUGGUAAAUAG